UAAACUUAAACAAAAAUGAGUUCCCGUAAUCGUGGAAAAGGCAAACGUGGUGGAGGAGGAGGUGGUGGUCCUUAUCGUAAUGUAAAGUCGAAUCGUAACUGCGAACGAUCAUUUGCACAAAGAGAAUGUGAAUUGGCUUCCGAUUCUGAGGACAGUUCUGGCUCUGAUAGCUCAUCGUCCACCGAAAUUGAAAGUCAUGGCAAGCCACCAAAUUUUCCCAUUGCCAUGUGGGACCUAAAUCACUGUGAUCCUAAAAAGUGUUCAGGACGCAAGUUAUCAAGACUGGGACUUAUAGAAAAUUUGCGUUUGGGUCAGAAAUUUGCUGGUCUAGUAUUAACGCCUGUCGGCGUUAGCUGUGUGAGUCCAGUGGAUAAAGAAAUUGUAGCCAACUCAGGUGUGGCCGUAGUGGAUUGUUCUUGGGCUAAAUUAAAUGAAACACCCUUUUCGAGAAUGCGUAGUCCUCAUCCAAGGCUGUUACCUUUUUUGGUGGCUGCAAAUCCUAUCAACUAUGGCAAGCCUUGUAAACUAAGUUGUGUGGAGGCAAUUGCUGCUACCUUAUUUAUAUGCGGUUUUCGUGAAGAAGCUAAAUGGUAUAUGGGCAAAUUUUCCUGGGGUCAUUCAUUUUUGGAACUCAAUGAGACAUUGUUGGAGAGGUAUGCGGAUUGUAAGUCUAGUGAGGAAAUAUUGAAAGUUCAAAAUACCUAUCUGGAAGAAGAACAAGGUGCCAGAAACAAACCUAAGGAUUACAGUGAGUUUUAUCCAACUAGCAGCAGUAGUGAGGAAGAGGAGGAAAAUGAUGAGGAAGAAACUAAGGAUACUACUACGGAUAAAACUAAAUAGGGAUUUAUUUAAAGUUGACAAUAAUUAGUGUUAGUAUUUUAAAAAUUCAUAUAAAUGAAACUAAAA